CCUGCACAUUACAAGAUUCGCCACAACUUUCAAUUAUACUACCUAAAAAUGCCAUCGCUCAAGAUGUUUGGCGUAGAAUCUCCCAGCCAACCACAGUUAAUUCUAGCUCUUUCCGGUAUUUUUGGGGCGUAUGUAUUGAGCAUUCUUCACUUUUAUCUCCGUGGCAGUAAUGCCCCUUUAGUUGGACGAAGAUUCUUCUUUGAACCUGAAUGGCUCGUCGGGGUUCGUUUCAUACACAAUAGUGCCCAAAUGAUCCAAUAUGGAUAUGACAAGUAUAAGAACACCGUCUUCAAAGUACGACGCAACGAUGGAAUCAUUUUUGUUAUCCCAAACAGCAAUUUGGAACGGCUCCGGAACAUGCCUGAGGAGAAGAUCAACGGCCUUGAAGCGCAUAUUAAAAAUCUUUUCGGUCCAUACUCAACCACGGAGAUGAUGCUGGAGAGUGAUUUGCCUACACGCGUGAUCCAGCAAAAGUUGACGCCGAACCUGUUGGCUGCUGUCCCCAAAAUGAAGGAUGAACUUGAGUAUGCGUUGGAAGUUGAAGUUCCUAACUGCCAGGAUGAAUGGGUAUCGGUGCAAGUAUUCGAUCUCCUGUGCCGGAUUAUCGCUCGGGUUUCUGCUCGUGUCUUCCUUGGUCUUGUCAUCUGUCGUAACGAGCGAUGGUUUGAAAUAUGCAUGCGCUACACGGAAAAUGUGCAUUUGCUAGUAAUGACCAUGCGAAUGGUACCUUCAUAUAUGCAUUGGUUUAUAGCACCUCUUAUUCCUGCUUUUUGGCGUGUGCGGUCGAUCCUCAAGGAGGGCAAGCGUUUCAUAAGCCCCCUCGUUCAAGAGCGUCGUGCAGCAGAGGCCGAGAAUAGACAGGGCUAUAAGCAAGAUAACGAUCUUCUACAGUGGAUGAUGGAUUUGGGAUACCCCAACGAGGCCCUCCCAGAUAAAUUGGCACACAGACAGCUCCUCAUGAGUCUUGCUACUACUCAUACAACCGGCAUGGCGGCAGCUCAUGUUAUGUAUGACCUUUGUGCUUAUCCUGGAUAUCUCGAACAGAUCCGAGAGGAGUUGCUUUCAGUAUUGAGGAGUCAUGGCGGCUGGCAUAAAUCUAUUAUCCCUAAAAUGCGAAAACUAGACAGCUUUAUGAAGGAGUCGCAACGACUCAACCCGCCAGCCUUGAUCGCAUUUAACCGUAUCGCGCGGGUUCCGCUUGAACUUUCCGACGGUACUAAACUACCGCCUGGUACGCACUUCUGCAUGGCCUCAAACGCUAUCUCUCGUGAUGUCGCACAUCUUCCAGGAGGUGGAAGCCCGGACGCUUUUGAUCCAUUCCGGUGGCAACGAUUACGAGAUGAUCCGUCAGAUCCCGAAAACGUUCAUCGGUAUCAGUUCUCAACGACCGACAGUACUAGUCUCCACUUCGGCCACGGGAAAUUUGCAUGCCCCGGCCGAUUCUUCGCUAGCCAACUGAUCAAGAUGAUACUCGGUCAUAUAUUGUUGCGCUAUGAUUUGAAGUACCCCGAGGGCCAGGGAAGGCCUCGCAACUUGGUAUUUGACGAGAAUAUUUAUCCAGACCCAAAGGCGAGAAUGCUCAUGCGGCGACGUAAACUAUCUAUCGAUGAACCAUUCUGCUAGACCCCGAAGAUUGCCAAAAGAGAAAGAGACAAAAACAAAGAUAUAUGGAAAAGAAUGACAAGGCCCUACUGUAGCAUGGGUUGACAUACCAAACUAAAGUGACACGAGUGGUAGACUUGGAAAGGGGGAAGCAUAGGUACCUAGGUAGAUAUAAACAUGAGGCCACCCUCCGGGUAGCACAAGAGCCCAAACUUUCACUCGUGUCAGGAGUCUCACUUGAGACUCCUUGGAACAAAGGAGUUAUUCUGUAUAUAGCUUCGGCUUAAAAGCAACUGUAGUUAGAG